CCAUCCCUCACCAGUGUCUUCACGUGUACAUAGGCCCAUCACUCGCGUAUAAUUUUAAAGAUAUGCGAACGGAAAAGUGAGAGUGGGCGGAGGUGGUGGUGUGGUGCACAAAGGUCUCCAAAUGGAGGAGGUGAGCCGUGACCGGUCCGGUGAAUGGCAGAGAAGAUAGGCCGAGCGUACGCAGAUCAUGAGGUGAAAGAAAGCCCUAAAUCAUGGACGCAAGACGGAAUGUCACCAAAUGAGGGUUUAUUAGAUGUAGCAAACGAGGGUUAGUGGCCAUUAUCUUCAUCGACACAAUCAAAGAUUAAAGCAAAAGUGGAUUGAAGUUACAGUUGACACACAAGUGGAUGUACUUAUAGAUGCAAUCAAUCAUAAAUCCAAGACACUAAAUUCCAAUAAUAAAUUGAGUAGAAUAAUGGUGUUUGCAAAUACAGUUGAAGCUGUUGAAGUUGUUGCCCAAGUUUUACAUGGAAAAGGCAUUGAAUGUUAUUGUUAUCACAGUGAAAGCUCUUUAGAAGAACGCACAAGAAAUUUGAUUGAUUUUAAAGAAAAAGGUGGUGUUUUUGUUUGCACUGAUGCUGCUCCACGUGGCACUGAGAUUCCCAAUGUCUCACAUGUUAUACAGGCAGAAUUUGCUACAUCUGCUGUAGAUUUCUUACACAGGAUACGUGUUUUACUGAUUCGACCAUUGGUGGAGCCCACCAAUAUUAUCAAGUACCAUCCCAGGCAACAAUAUUCCUGGCGUGAUCUUGUCUCAAAGGUGAGCAUAUGGGCCCCUGUAGUGGCUAGAUGCCGGAUGAAUUUAACAUAACAUGGAUUCAUAGAGGGGAUCCCAUACUUAAUGUUAGUGAUUUAUCAAUUGAAGCAAGUAGGAACUUAGGUUUGUUGCUUGAUCAACUAAGGUAUCAAGCUGUGAAGUCACUCAACAAUAUGGUGGUUACUGUGCUAAUCAAGAGGAUAAGAGUUUACAAGACAGAAUCCUUAGGGCAGGAAGUACAACAGAUAAUACUCUUGAGAAAUUUGAGGAAGGCUGCAGCUCAGGAAGUGGUUGACAAAGUGAGGCAGCACAAUGGUCUGUUGGUUGAUCAGCCAGACACUCUCCUGCAACUUCAAAAGGAAGAUGGCACAGGCAAGGAGUAUCCUUUGGGAGCUGCCCUUGAGGCCACCAAAAAUACUUUGAAUCAAGACAGUAUAAAACUCUUAUUGGAGUUGGGAUGGAUAUUGAAGCUAAGAGACAUGAUGAUUGGUUGGAUACAUGAAGGGUUUCAGAGCUUCUUUAGACAGCUUAAUGAUGAGUUACUGAAACAAGAAGGCGACCCUUUAUAGCAAUGUAGCAUUAGGUUAUAUAGUUAGGGAAAACCUCUUAAUAACAAUGUACAAUCAAAUCCCUUUAAUAUCAAUGUAUUACAAGUUUUUGACAUGAUGUUAUUGGAUGAAAUUGAUUUUU